AUGCUGAUAUCCCUGCUGGUAAUAGUGCUGCUGAUGGUGGGUGUGAUGAAGAUGAUGGUAACGGCAAACGAUUCUGUUUCCAAACUAAAAGGAGGAGUAAUCAGUAGAAUCUUGUCCUUGAUGGAAGCUAUAGGGAUUUUUGAAGACUUCAUCACCAGUACCCAAAACCAAAAAAAACCUUUUACCAAAGAAGAAAUCGAAAUAAUAAGAAAUUCCGUCUUUAAAGUGGCAGUCGCCUUGGAGGUAUUCGCACUUGAUUAUGGCAAACACCGAAUGAUUGGAGCGAAUUCUUCAGUAGAGAUAAACAGCCAAAAACUGGUGUUGGCUAUACAAAAAACCUACCGAAAAAAUGCUAGUGACUUUUAUCUUGGAAAACAAGAACUGCAAACGAGCCUGCAGGUUUCCUAUAAAAACUUUGCCAACAACGGUUUGUAUUGA